CGCGUUGGGUCAUUAAUUGAAGUCAUCCUCUUUAUAAUGGCGAACCCGGUUUCGAGCUUUGCCCAUCGAUACAUUCAUACAAUCUCUCGGGACAAUCCGACGCACGCUCGCAUCGACUUAGUUUCUGCUUCUUCUCGGGACGUACGUGCGGUGAUGGGUUCGAAAGAGAUCUUGGUCGUCGCGGUGCUCGUGGCGAUUUUAGCGUCCCGAGCUUCGAGCGCGAGGCUCCUGGCGGCCGGCAGCGAAGUGGCUGUCGAGCCGGCCUCGCACCUCGCCUUUCGGAGGGGGAGCGGUUCCUCGUCAUCCAGGGAUGAUGUUAAGAUGGAGGCCAAGUUCUUGCUGCUGAAUUCGCUUCCAAAGGGGAGAGUCCCGCCUUCCGGCCCAAGCAAGCGCACCAACAACUUGAUCAGCUGAUGCUGCUUGCGAGCGUUGCGAUUUCGAUUUCUUCGUCGAUUCUUUCCAUUCGCUUCAUACAUUGAUUCUUUCGUUCUUUUUCUUUCUUGCGCUGCGCAAAUUCGGCACGGCCAUGUUCAUAAGAGAUUCAUAUACUUUAGUGUAAACUCAGUGAAAGACCAAGAAGAUUUAAAAGUUCUGUUCUAGACUUGAAUGAUGAUGAUCUUGUAGAGUGAUGAACAAGGAACAUUGCGUUGUUGUUGCGUA